GCGAUGCCAUGUGCGCCUCGCGCUGCCUCUUCCUCUCCCUCCUCCUCCUCCUCCUCCCGCUGUUGGCGGCCCCCAGCCCAGGAGAGGCCCCGUCGGGGCGGCCCCGUGCCCGCCGAGGGCUCACCUAUCCCGGGACGCUGUGGUGCGGCGCCGGGAGCAACGCGGACAGCUACGAGCAGUUGGGGGAGCACCGUGACACCGACCGCUGCUGCCGGGACCAUGACCACUGCCAGCACGUCAUCCACCCCUUCACCUCCCGCUACGGCUACCGCAACCUGCGCUGGCACACCAUCAGCCACUGCGACUGCGACCGCCGGCUGAAGGAGUGCCUGCAGCAGGUGAACGACACGGCGUCGCGCGUGGUGGGGCAGGCGUUCUUCAACGUCAUCCAGGUGCCGUGCUUUGAGUUCGCCUACAAGGAGGAGUGCGUGCAGCCGUACCUCUACGUGUGGUGCAGGGCGUACAACACGGUGGCUGUGGCGGUGCCGAAGGAGCCGGUGCUGUAUGAGUUCGGUGGGGAGCUCAUCGACAGGGCGGCGUGGCCCGGGGGGGAACCCCCGGAUCUCCCAGCUGUGAAAGCGAGGAAAAGGCUGAAGGAGAAGAGGAAGAAGGGGAAGGGUUUGAAGAAGAGCCCUUCUGGAUUUGGGGAGCUGAGCCGCGCUGCAUCCGUCACCCCCACCCCCCCCAGUUCAGGGGGACAGGGCAGCAGGAAGAGGAGGAGGAAGGAGAGGAACAGAAAGAAGAGGCUGAAAAGCAACGCGGAGGCGGUGUGAGCCCCGUGCCCACCCAGUGCGGGUCCUCGUUGUGUUUAUUAAUAAAGUGGGGUAACGAGCA